AUGACAGAGAAACAUAUCCGUCAAUAUCAACGGGCUCAAUGCAUUGCAUUGAGAAGAGCUGGUAUGUCAUGUCGUGCUAUUGCUGAAGAUGUUGGUGUUUCGCGGGCUUCAGUACAACGUUCUUUGGAACGAUAUGAUGAAACAGGCGGUUUUCAAGAUCGUUCUCGGUCCGGCAGACCGAAAAAAUUCAAUGAUCGUAAUAUUCGAAAACCAAUCUGCAGAAGAACGGUUAUAAAUUAUUUACAAAAAUUCGGAUAUGAAUAUAAAGUUAAAAUUGAAAAACCGUAUCUCAGUAAACAACAUCGAAAUGGUCGAUUACAAUGGUGUUUAGAACAUUCGAAUUGGACUGUUGAUGAUUGGAAGAAGGUUUUAUUCAGUGACGAGUCGACUUUUUACGUUGUUAAACGUAAAAGUGAAACAAAAAUAUGGCGUACAAAAGAUGAAAAAUGGCGAGAAGGUUGUAUGGCUGUUGCUGCGACUGGUGGUGGAGGUCGUGCUGGGUUUUGGGGUGUUAUCACAUGGAAAGGAGCGGGCUGUUUCAGGAUUUAUACUGAAAAUACGAAUAGUGAAGUCUAUUGCAACAUCUUAGACAAUUAUUUAGUUCCAACUGUCCAAAUGUACGGUUUCGAAAAUNGUGAAACAAAAAUAUGGCGUACAAAAGAUGAAAAAUGGCGAGAAGGUUGUAUGGCUGUUGCUGCGACUGGUGGUGGAGGUCGUGCUGGGUUUUGGGGUGUUAUCACAUGGAAAGGAGCGGGCUGUUUCAGGAUUUAUACUGAAAAUACGAAUAGUGAAGUCUAUUGCAACAUCUUAGACAAUUAUUUAGUUCCAACUGUCCAAAUGUACGGUUUCGAAAAUGAUUUUUUGCUUCAACAUGAUAAUGGGGUUAUCACACUUCCAAUAAAACUCAAGAAAAGUUACAAGAAUUAA